AUGAGCGCGGCGGCGAGCGGUGUCUGCCGCCUCCUGCUGGUGCUGGCCAUGGUGCUGCUGGGAGGGGGCGAAGCCCGCAGGCGGCGGCCGUGUCCCAGCAUCACCGCCGCAGACCUGGACGCCCGCGAGCUGCUGCUGCAGUACGCCGACUGGCGCCACUGGACACAGCUCGUCAUAUUCGCCAGUCCCACAGCAGGUUGCUGGCUGCCAUCACUGCUGUCAGUGCUGCACAGUCAGCAGCUGGUGACUGGACUUCAGCCGCUGGGGACGGGGCCUCUGCAGUUGGCGACUGCGCUGGCCUCUCGCAGGCACCGGGUGGGCGCCGUGCUGCCGCUGGCCACCACCAGCAGGCACCUGGACGAUCUGCUGCAGCAGGCUUCCGAUCAAUUGCAGUUCAACAGCUAUGUGUCGUGGUUGGUGCUUCGCCGAGCGCAGCCGAAUGCCUCGCAGCCACUGGUAGAGCGCUUCAGGUACCUCAGCCUGGCGCUGGACAGCGACGUCGUGCUGGCUGAACUCCACACGCCAGAGACAGCAACACGCAGGAGCAGCGGCAGAACCUCCGCCAGUGGGAGGGGUGAGCAGCGGGCGCGCGGUCGCUGCCGGGGCGGCGCCUGCAGACACAGCGGCGGCGCCAACAGCACGAGGGGGCGGAGGGACGUGGCGGGCGGCCUGUGGGCGGCGCCCGGACGUCGCAGGGGCGGCGGCGGCCGCGGCACCGCGCAGCGCAGGCCUGCAGCUUGGGCGCAGCUGCUGCAGGUGUACAAGAUCCGGCCGGCGCUCAACUCGUCCCUGGUGGUGGUACCCCUGGGCCGCUGGGACCGCGCCAACGGCACUGCCGCGCUCACCAGCCCCAGGGCACUGGAGGCCAGGGGAGAUCUGCAGGAGGCGGUGGGCGGCGCGGGCGGCGUCAAGGACCUCAAGACGGCCAGCGUCGACGACGACUCGGACGACGCGCGCAACCUCAUCGACGUCAUGGAGUUCGUCGCGCGCUCCCUCAACGCCAGCUACGAGCUGGUGGCGUUCCCGAUGCUGGGCUGGCGUAACAGCGAGGGCGCCUGGCUGCACCUGCUGGGAGCCGUGACGCGGGGCGCCGUCGACGUCGGGCUCGACAACGUCGUCAUCACCAAGGAGCGCGCGCGCGACAUGUUCUUCUCCUUCCCGCUCGUCGAGUCCAUGAAGAACAUCUACUUCCGGCGGCCGGAGGGCGGCGCGCUGCGCGACAUCUUCCUGGCGCCAUUCAGCCCGCGGCUGCUGGCGUGCGUGGCCGCCACUGGCACGGUACUGGCGCUAGCAGCCGCUGCCGCCACCGCCGCUGGCGUGGGCGCCGGCCUCGCGGACCGCCGCUGGGGCGCUGGGGAGGCUUUCGUUUGGAGCAUCAGCGUCCUCUGCAUGCAAGGCAGCACGUGGAACCCGCGGACGGCGUCCGGCAGCCUGGUGCUCAUGUUCGGGCUGGUGUUCGCGCUCGUCAUGUACAACGCGUACGCCGCCUUCAUCACGUCCGUGCUGUCCGUCAGGGUGGCCUCCAUCCGCGGCCUGGACGACCUGCUGCAGAGCGACUUCCAGUUCGGCUACACGCUGGCCGGCCAGGGCGAGAUGUUCCUCAGGACGGCGAACGACUCGCUCCUGCGGCGGCUGUACCUGCGCGGGCUGGUGGGGAACACGGGCGUGCACGACUCGUCGGAGGGCCUGCGGCGCGCCGUGCGGGGCGGCUACGCCUUCUUCGUGAGCUCGCGGCUGGCCCGGCGCGCGCUCGCCUUCACCGUGGAGCUGCAGCGCCGCUGCGACGUGCGGGAGCUGCCCGUCGAGGCCACCCGGUCCUCCGUCGCGCUGCCGAUGAGCCGCACCUCGCCGUUCCGCCGCCUGCUCAACCUGAGCCUGCUGCGCAUGCGCGAGGCGGGCGCGCUGGCGCGUGCGCGCGAGGCCCUGCUACCGCCGCUGCCGCGCUGCCACGACGAGUCGGCCUUCAACUCGGCGCGGCUGGCCGACGUCUACUCGGCCUUUCUGCUGCUCGGCUCGGGACUGAUGGGCGCCGCGGCGCUCACCGUCGCGGAGUUCGUCUGGAAGCGGCGCCGCCUCCUGCGCAGGCUGCGCCACACACUCUGCGGCGACGCCGACGGCGACGCCGCGGAAAUGUUGCGUCCCGUGGCGCCCGCGGCCGGCGCCCUCCCCACGGGGAGCAGGUGUCCGGCCAUGGCGCUGCCCCGCCCUUCCGUGCAGUGGCUCGGUUAA